AAAAUGGCUCUCUACCGGUUUUGUCUUUGUGCUUCAGCCGUGAUGAUGAUUCUCUUAACCGGAGGAUGUCACUCACAGCAGCCAGUAUGUGGCCAGGCUCCAAAAAACACCAGAAUUGUGGGAGGUCAAAAUGCGUCUCCAGGAAGUUGGCCCUGGUUGGUCAGUUUAAACAAUGAUGACGGUCCCUUCUGUGGAGGGUCCCUAAUUAACGAUCAGUGGGUGCUGACCGCUGCUCACUGCGUACCAGGAAAUGAACUCUUUACCACAACGGCUUAUCUGGGCCGCCUCAGCCAGUCGGGUCCAAACUUCAACGAAGUGUCAACGACUCUUGAAGAUAUCAUUUGCCAUCCUUCAUACGACUUCUUGACCAAUGAGAACGACAUCUGUCUCCUGAAGCUGUCGGCCCCGGUGAAUUUUACAGACUACAUACAACCGGUCUGCUUGGCCUCGGAAGGGAGCACGUUCCACUCCGGGGUCAGCAGCUGGGUCACUGGUUUUGGUAAUACUCAAGCUGAUGUAUCUUCUGGAGCCGACAUCCUGCAGGAAGUGAACGUACCAAUCGUUGGAAACAAUGAGUGCAAAUGCACCUAUCCUUUCAUCACAGAUAACGUCAUCUGUGCUGGGUUCAGAGAGGGAGGGAAGGAUGCGUGUCAGGGAGACUCAGGGGGACCACUGGUGACAAAAAACGGUUUUACGUGGAUCCAAAGUGGAGUUGUGAGUUUUGGCGAGGGCUGCGCCAGGCCUAUGACUCCUGGAGUCUACAUCCGUGUGUCCCAGUACCAGGACUGGAUCACCAACAUCACUGGCAGCAAUGAACCAGGCUUUGUUACCUACAGAUCCUCAGGAGUGGACAGCGACCUAAAUAGUACCUGUUCUUCUACAAACCCCACUACCACCAUGACCCCCACUUCCACCGCAACCCCCAUGAUUCCCACUACCACUAUCACUCCCACUACCACAAUGACUCCCACUACAACCGCAACCCCCACCACCACCAUGACUCCCACUACCACCGUAACCCCCACCACCACCAUGACUCCCAUUACCACCGUAACCACCAUGAUCCCCACUACCACUAUCAUUCCAACUACCACCGCAACUCCCACUACCACAAUGACUCCCACUACCCCCACCACCACAACUCCCACUACAACCGCAACCCCCACCACCAUGACUCCCACUACAACCGCAACCCCCACCACCACCAUGACUCCCACUACCACCGUAACCCCCACCACCACCAUGACUCCCACUACCACCGUAACCACCAUGAAUCCCACUACCACUAUCAUUCCCACUACCACCGCAACUCCCACUACCACAAUGACUCCCACUACCCCCACCACCACAACUCCCACUACAACCGCAACCCCCACCACCAUGACUCCCACUACAACCGCAACCCCCACCACCACCAUGACUCCCACUACCACCGUAACCCCCACCACCACCAUGACUCCCACUACCACCGUAACCACCAUGAAUCCCACUACCACUAUCAUUCCCACUACCACCGCAACUCCCACUACCACAAUGACUCCCACUACCCCUACCACCACAACUCCCACUACAACCGCAACCCCCACUACCACCAUAACCCCCACCACCACCAUGACUCCCACUACCACCGUAACCACUGACAGUGUAUUUGAUAGUGGUGUAAAUGUGAUCCAUUUCUCCCACUACACCUCACUCUGUCUUCUAGUGAUUUCCUUCUAUGUGCUGGAUGGAGAAACGUGUGGACAAAGUGAAGGAGGCACAGUGAAAAUGGGUCUCUACCAGUUUCUUUGUGGUCCAGCUGUGGUGAUGAUCAUCCUCUUCUCCGUGGGAUGUCACUCACGGCAACCAGUAUGUGGCCAGGCUCCAAAAAACACCAGAAUUGUGGGAGGUCAAAAUGCGUCUUCAGGAAGUUGGCCCUGGUUGGUCAGUUUAAACAAUGGUGACGGUCCCUUCUGUGGAGGGUCCCUAAUUCACAAUCAGUGGGUGCUGACCGCUGCUCACUGCGUACCAGGAAAUGAACUCCUCACCACAACGGCUUAUCUGGGUCGCCUCACCCAGUCGGGUACCAACGUUAACGAAGUGUCAACGACUCUUGAAGAUAUCAUUUGCCAUCCUUUCUACGACUCCCAAACCAAUGAGAACGACAUCUGUCUCCUGAAGCUGUCGGCCCCGGUGAAUUUUACAGACUACAUACAACCGGUCUGCUUGGCCUCGGCAGGGAGCACGUUCCACUCCGGGGUCAGCAGCUGGGUCACUGGUUUUGGUAAUACUCAAGCUGAUUCAAUUUCCGGAGCCGACGUCCUUCAGGAAGUGAAUCUACCAAUCGUUGGAAACAAUGAGUGCAAAUGCGCCUAUUCUGAAAUCACAGAUAACAUGAUCUGUGCUGGGUUGAGAGAGGGAGGGAAGGAUUCGUGUCAGGGAGACUCAGGGGGACCACUGGUGACAAAAAAAGAUUCUGUGUGGAUCCAGAUCGGAGUUGUGAGUUUUGGGGAAGGCUGCGCCAGGCCUAUGACUCCUGGAGUCUACACCCGUGUGUCCGAGUACCAGGACUGGAUCACCAACAUCACUGGCAGCAAUGAACCAGGCUUUGUUACCUACAAAUCUUCAGGAGUGGACAGCGACUUAAAUGUGAUCUGUUCUACCCCCACCGCAACCCCCAAUAUCACCAUGAUUCCCACUCACACCACAACCCCCACCACCUCACCAUACCCAACUAGCAUAUGCCCUACUGGAAAGGAUGGCAGUAUAUUUGGCAGUGGUGAAAAUGUGAUCCAUUUCUCCCACUUCACCUCAAUCUGUCUUCUAGUUAUGUCCCUCUAUGUGCUGGUUGGUGUUUAAGGCUUAAGGUUUCAAAGAGCAAAUGUUUCUCUCAACUCUUUUCAUGAAUUAAAAAUAUAUCCUGUUGCACCUGUAACCACACCCAACAGUGAUGUCACAAUGUCCUGGGGUACACCAAUACAUCACUGUAGCAAUAGGUGAGACAUAAAACCACUGGGGAUCAGCAAAAAACUAAUCUUUUCAGCGGGAAGUUGUGUGUCUCUUAAAUGUAGAUGAUUGGAUUGAUGUUAGUUUCACUGUUUGAAAAAGUUUGGGAAAUGUUGUAUUGUCUUUUGUUUUUCAGAAAUGUGUCAGAACACAGGUGUGCCACACAUAAACUAGAGUUGACCUUUUCACCGGUGCAGUCAUACUCUACAUUUGCACAACAUUUUAAAUGUCAUACAAUCCUUGAUGGGUGAUGGGUAACUGGUGCGAUCCUCAUUCCUUCUCAACUAUCUGCAAUGUUUCAUCCUUGCAUUCUUCAUAGAGAUACAGGCCAGAUGGAACGGACGCCAUAUAUCUUCGGAUAAUAAACCAAUAACUGAAUUGCACAUAUUAGCAAACUAA